AUGAGCUGCAGCUAUCAAGUCAAGACGCUCAAGGGACAACUGCAAGUGAUCUCUGAUAUACCGUUAGAUGCCACUGUGCGAGAACUCUAUCAAGCCGUGGCUCCCAUUGAAUCAUCGCCGAUCGGAAAGUGGAAGCUAAUGCUCAUGCUCCCGGGCAAGGGACCCAAAACGUUAAAACCUUCCACAGAUUUGGACAAGCAAAUGGUCGAAUUCGGUGUACAACAAGACGGAGAAUAUCGCAUCGAAGUCAUUUUGGAUAUGGGAGCAUGUCAUACUACCUGCAAGAGAUUCUAG